CCUACAACCUCUAUAUGGCUAAUAAAUAAAUGCACCGCCCAGUUUAUAAAUAUAAUGAUGAAAUGACCUCAUAUUGACACAAGGAAAAACGAAUACAAUCGAAGGGAAUCCGACCAAAUCUAUUAGUGUUGUGUGUUGUGAAUAUGUGGAGUUGUGUUUGACGGGAGAAAUCAUGAAAUAUAUUAUUUGCUUGUGCCUGGUGGCAUGGCCAAGCGCAUUAGCAAAAUACUUCACGGGCGACAAAGAAAUCUUCAGGCCACCAAGGCCCCUCCGCAAUGACUCAUAUUUUGGAUAUAGUAUAACUUAUGACCAAAAACAUGGAAAAUUAGUAAUAAGUGCGCCCAGGGAAAAUAAUAUUGGUGUAGUAUACGAUUGUGACAUACCAUCUCGAACCUGCGCUGGUCUUCCUGUGAAAAUUGAUAGAAUAUCUCUUAAUCCAGCCUACUCUCAUGACUUUUGGUUGGGAGCCACCGUAAAAUCGGGACCAGACUUCGUGAUCAUGUGUGCGCCACGUUUCACUGAAAUUUAUGCUAGAUUUAACAUGCACGUGACCUUCGGAAGAUGCUUUUCGCAUCAGGACGGGGCAAUAAUUGAAAAAAAAAUUAUAAAUGAAGCUGAGAGAAACAAAGAUUCCGAGUCUCUAAUGGAGACUCGUAUGGACUCCUUCGGAUGGAGCAUCGACGUAGCUAGCGAUGAUAGUGUACUAGUUGGAGGCCCGGGCAUGUUUCACGGUCGUGUCAUGGUCUACACUCCAAGAUCGCUACCGACAUUUAUAAAAUACAACAAAAUGAAUAUGCCCGAAUUCGACUUUGGUUACAGUGUCGCCUCCGGAAUGUUCUUAAGUACGAAAUUGACGUACGCCAUUGGUUCGCCGUACGGAACUAGUGGAUUCGGCGAGGUUUUGUUUUUCCAAAAUCUAAAAUUUACACGAAACCUGGUGAAAGUAGUGGACACAGAUGUGAUUGGGUCAAUGUUCGGUGCUGUGUUGUGCGCUGCCAAAAUUUCUGGUAAUCAGACUGACUUGCUUGUGGGUGCUCCUACUUACGCCACAUUCGACACGUACAACCUUGGAGCAGUCUAUCUUUAUCUUUACCCCAAGAAUAAGAAAUCACCAACAUUUAAAAGAAGGAUUGUCGGGUCGUCUGCUGGAGGACAGUUUGGGAGUGCUAUUGUAAACGUGGGAGACCUGAAUGGUGACCGAAAAGAUGAAAUAGCCAUCAGUGCACCAUUUGAAAACGAUGGUAGAGGUGUUGUCUACCUCUAUAGUGGACAUGAUCUAGUUAGUGACAAAACAGAGAUGACUCUUAAUUGGAUGCAAAAGAUUGAACCUGAAGCGGAUUACGCAAAAUCGUUCGGAAUGAGUCUCACACCAUUACUGGAUUACGACAAAAAUGGAUGCAAUGAAUUGGCCAUCGGUUCGCCCUACGAAGAUAAAGUGGUUCUCCUGAGAUGUAUGGCUGCUAUAACUGUAGAGACAUCAGCCAUAUUCCCCAAUGUACAGGGCCGCGGUGCCUCUCGUGAAGUCAACUACAAUCUUCGAGUUUGUUUGACAGUAACGUAUCCAACUUUACCGGAAAAAAUUAUAGCCCGUUUGUCAACCACGGUCACUAUGACCCACUCCUCUGCUAAAUUAGCCAAAAUGGACGCCGGCGGUUAUACGUUCGAAAAAUCCCUGAACGACAGACAAAGAGAAAAUUGUGAAAAUAUUCCCUUCAUUCUUCCUCUUGACGGCAAAUAUGAUACGGAGAUAAACUACGUUGUUACAACUAAAUUAUUGGAAGAUCCCAUGGAACUGAAGAAAUUUGAUAGCUCUCGUGUGAUUCUCAGUGACCGUAGCGUCUUACAAGUUGUCCAGACUGCUUGGGCAGCCGAGUGCGCAGGCAAAAUUUGUGUGCCCAAUUUUAGUAUGACACCUUCUAUAAGUUUUGAUAACAAAAAGUACAUUAUCGGUUCGAAAAAAACCGAAAGUGUAUCUAUAUCAAUGGUUAAUAACGGAGAAGUUGCAUACGAUCCUUGUUUACGUGUCGAAAUUGUUGGAACUCGGGUGUUGAAGUACCCACCUACCUGUCAAGGUAACGGGACCAGCCUACUCUGUAUGCCUUCGACCCCAAUCAGAAAUGGCGGGAAAUGGGACACUGGUUCAAUUGACCUAGAUAUGCAACAACUUAAUAACUUGGAUGAAAAAGUGACUGUGAACGUGCAACGCUACAAUUACUGCAAAGAUACGGUUGCUACUGAAAAUCGCAAAUACACUAUUAAUAUGCAGCCAGAUCCUACUGGAAUUGUCGCUAAAGGAGAAAAUGACAUUGGCGCUAUUGUUGAUAUGACAAGAGAAGAUAUUACAAAAAAAGGAAAAAAGAUAACUCAUGUAUAUACGUUAACGAACUCUGGACCAACACACUGGGUGAAACUUGAAGUUAAAGUAAAAUUAGAGAAACAGGAUUACCUAGAGGAUGUUUCAGUACAUAUAUCAGAAUCCUACAACACUAUGAACUGUGAAAAUGAUCCAAAUGAUAAAAUGGUAUAUAUCUGUGUCGUUGAAAGUUUGAAAGUUCAAAAGGACGAGGCCAAAAUUUUAAUCCCCAUGUUUAUAAAACCUAGUACUGAACUUGAGGCAAUCCUUGAAGAAAAGAAUGUGACUAUUUCGUCUUCGAUAUCAUAUGAACCAGUUCCAGGCCACUUAAAAAAGACAAGUAUUUCUACAUUGGUAACGCUCCAGGAAGCGAAAGUACCUCUGAUGAUCAUCAUUAUAGCACUGUUGGUGGGUCUUCUCAUCGUUCUUAUCAUCGCUAUCAUCCUAUACAGGGUUGGUUUCUUGCAGCGUAAGAAGAAAAAAGAAUUAGAAAAUUUAAGAAGAAGUGUCAAACGGCAAACUAUUUUGAGACGGUCUACAAUGCCCACACAGACGAAUUCUCAAGGAAGUGAAGAGCGAAGGCAAGUCUUGGAAGGUAUCAAUGAUGCCGACGAAGAUAUACUAGUUACUAAAAAAUAAUACUUAUUUAUCCUAAACAUAUUAUAUAUUCG